AGAGGAGGCUGCGACGCUGCCGGGUCCGCCGAGGCGCUAGCUGCAGUGGCCGGUGUGAGCGCAGAGCCGGGCCCUGGGCAGCGGCGGCGCGGUAGGACCUCGCGCAGCGUCCGCGGGCUCCGGGGCGGGGGCGCCAGCGGCGAAGCCCCCUCCCCGGGGAGGCGGGACCUGGGGGAGCUCCCGAGCCGGGGAGCGGCGGCGGCCGGGAACGAUGCAUCAGAAGCUGCUGAAGAGCGCGCAUUACAUCGAGCUGGGCAGCUACCAGUACUGGCCGGUCCUGGUGCCCCGUGGCAUCCGCCUGUACACCUACGAGCAGAUCCCCGUGUCUCUCAAGGACAACCCGUACAUCACCGACGGCUACCGGGCCUACCUGCCGUCCAGGCUGUGUAUCAAAAGUUUGUUUAUUUUAUCUAAUGAGACAGUAAACAUCUGGAGUCAUUUGCUGGGUUUCUUUCUCUUCUUCACCCUGGGAAUAUAUGACAUGACAUCUGUGUUACCUUCAGCAAGUGCGUCCAGAGAAGAUUUUGUAAUUUGUUCUAUUUGUCUUUUCUGCUUCCAGGUCUGUAUGCUUUGUUCUGUGGGCUAUCAUCUUUUUUCCUGCCAUCGGUCAGAAAAAACAUGUCGAAGAUGGAUGGCAUUAGAUUAUGCAGGAAUUUCUAUUGGAAUACUGGGCUGCUAUGUCUCAGGAGUAUUUUAUGCAUUUUAUUGUAAUAACUACUGGCGUCAGGUGUACUUGAUCACAGUGCUUGCUAUGAUCCUGGCAGUGUUCUUUGCGCAGAUUCAUCCCAAUUACCUCACGCAGCAAUGGCAAAGGCUCCGUUCUAUCAUCUUUUGUUCUGUUUCGGGAUAUGGAGUGAUUCCUACUCUUCACUGGGUUUGGCUCAAUGGAGGAAUUGGUGCUCCUAUUGUACAGGACUUUGCACCCCGUGUAAUUGUGAUGUAUAUGAUUGCUCUUCUUGCUUUCCUGUUCUACAUUUCCAAAGUCCCAGAGCGGUACUUUCCAGAAUCACUUCCACGGUGAAUCAGAGAAGGGAUUGUACCACUCGUCCUGUGUGUUGGGGAAGAAGAAAGGGUGAGAAACCCUGGCCUAAACAAUCCAUCCCACAGAUCCUCAGGCAUUCCUUUGUGUACUUGGUUUUUCACCACUGAGCUUUAAAUAAGAAUGGAAAUACAAGGGAAAACCUGAGUUGUAAACAUGAGGAUUUGGGAGCAGAUCUAGGACAUGGCACUGAAUUGAAGACCACCCAUCUUCCAGGCAGGGCCAGAGUUUCCCUCAGAAAACAAUUCUGGUAAAAUGUAUUUUUGUAUCACUUUAUUUUUUUUCUUUUAUUAAUUUUUUUUUGCACACAAAACAAUAAACAUUUUCUAAAAAUACAUACAAACAAAAAGAUGCAUAUCAAACAUAUUAGGAAGGUUGCACCUGGGAAGACGGAAUAGAAAUGGGGGGUGGGAAUUAAAGAAAGUAAAUGAGAGAGGGACUUUGUAUGGAUCAAUGAUAAUAACUCAAUCCUCUAUUUGACAAAGAAGAAGGAGCAGGAAGAGGAAGAAAAAGAAAGUGGGAUAAAGGAUCAGAAAGGGAGGAAAAUAGAAAAAAUUAGAGUAUGACUCCAGGGUAGACCUGUUUUGUUGUUGCUGGGUUGGUUGGUUGGUUGGUUUGUCUGUUGUAUUUUUCAUGUUUCGCCAUGUUGGCCAGGCUGGUCUCGAACUCCUAGCCUCAAGUGAUCAACCCGCCUCGGCCUCCCAGAGUGCUGCGACUACAGGCGUGAGCCACCACAUCCAGCCCCCACAUUGCAUCUGGCCUCUGUGGUAGACCUCCCAGAUGGGGCGGCCAGGCAGAGGCGCUCCCCACAUCCCAGACAGGGCGGCUGGGCAGAGGCGCUCCUCACUUCCCAGACGGGGUGGCCAGGCAGAGGCGCUCCUCACUUCCUGGACGGGGUGGCCGGGCGGAGGCGCUCCUCACGUCCCAGACGAUGGGCGGCCAGGCAGAAACGCUCCCCACCUCCCUGACGGGGCGGCGGCCGGGCAGAGGCUGCAAUCCCAGCACCCUGGGAGGCCAAGGCAGGCGGCUGGGAGGCAGAGGCUGCAGCGAGCCAAAACCACGCCACCGCACUCCAGCCCGGGCAACACCAAGCACCGAGUGAGCGAGACUCCGUCUGCAGUCCCAGCACUUCGGGAGGCCGAGGUGGGCAGACCACUCGAGGUCAGGAGCUGGAGACCAGCCCGGCCAACAUGGCGAAACCGCGCCUCCAGCCAAAGGACAAAAACCAGGGAGGGGUGGUGGCGCGUGCCUGAAAUCCCAGGCAGCCCGCAGGGCGAGGCAGGAGAAUCCCGUGAGCCAGAGGCAGGGAGUCUGCAGCGAGCCGACUGUACUCCAGCAUGGGCAACAGAGGGAAGAAAAAGAAAGAAAGAAAAAGGAAGGAAGGAGGGAGGGAGGGAGGAAGGAAGGAUCACUUUAUUAAUAAUUCUUUUUAAAAUUAUGUAUUUUCUUUAUAAUAGACAAGUAGAACACUAAACCGUGAGCAUUCUCUAUGUGAUUAUGACCAUAGUGGGUUUUAGGCCUUAAAAUAUUCAGAUCAGGAGUUACCAAUUGUUUAAUAUAGGACAUCUAUAAACAAUCAAACUUACUGUAACUUAACCUUUCCCAAGACACACUUGACAUAAAAUAUGCCCUGUGUAGCAGAACAUGUUGAGUUUGGGUACAUGAGAGCAGUGGAGAUAUGGAAACUAAAAAAUUAAAAGUCUUUACAGUGAAAAGUGAUAGUCUCAAAUGUUCAUGUAUAAAUAAAUGCCUUAGAAACUAUCUCUGGCAAGUCCUCAUGUAUGACCUGGCCACUGGAAACUAAAACAAAUUUUAACCUAAAAGCUUUCAUUCAGCUCAGGUUGAAUGUUUAAAAAUGUAUACACAACACAAUGGCAUUUGAUGGGUCCAAGGGUCCCCAAGGUGUCCAUGGAUAGAAUUGAGUGAAUCUCUGAUAGUUGUAUUGGAUAAUCAAUAUUUGUUGUAAUCCUCUGUGUUUUGUUUUUAAAAAAAAUGGGUCUGUAGGCUUCACUAGAGUGCCAAAGGAGUCCAUGGUACAAAAAAGGCUAAGAAUCUUGUUGACAUACACUUUAAAAUCUAUGUACUGUACUGAUUGGUAAGAAAAAAGAGAGGUUAGAGAAUAUUUACAUUAUAUGACCAUAGAAGCACCAUGAGUAUGUUAUUUACAUUGAAAUUAUUAUAGCUCUGUAUUUUAUUUACUGAGAGAUCAAGAAGUUUUCCAUAUGUUAAUUGUUUAAUCUUCUUAGAAUUUAACAUUUGACCACAAAGAGAUUAAAUUGUUCUCUUAAGUUGUAUAUGAACUAACCAACCUUAGUUAAUUAAUCCAUUACUAAUUACAUCCUGCAGAUUAUUCCAUUAGAGAGCACAGGAUUCAGGUCAGCACUUUUUCUUUGCACACCUGCUUGAAAUAAAAAGUGCUUCUCGUAGGUUUAUAUCUAAACCCAGCAGUAUAUCUGCUUCUCGCGGAUUUAUACCUAAAUCACCCCAUGAUUUUUAACACCUGGUUUCUUUUGCCUCUCUCAAUUUUUUGUUGUUCAUUCCGCCAAAUGUGAGUUGAGACGUGGGAGGCAUAAGGUCAAAUUCCUGAAAUUAAGCUAGAUUUUGAAAACACACUUGGAAUAGCAUUUCUAAAGUUUACCUGUGUAUUUAAUAAAUAAAACCUUAAAAUUAGACCCAAAUAUGAAUUGAUCCAUUUCUAUAAACGUUUGGAUCUUCCAGUUAGUCUCUAGGCACUCUGAGACUACGAAAAUUUUUCUGCUAAGCUAUACUUCCAAGAAAUAUAUUUUUCCUUUAAUGUCAACAUAUUGAAAUCAAUAUUAUUUUCUUUCUACCUUCU